AUGUCAAAGUCACCAGAGUCGUACCAUUACCUAUCUUUGGCUUGUGAACCUCCUAUUACAGAUGAGAUUACCUUGAGGCUUGCCUUGCAAGACGCGCUUACUGCGACAUUUGGCCUCGUGUACGCCGGCGCGCCUAUCGACGUUCGCUCGAUGUCUUCGCGCGGGAAGGCAGGACGAGAAGUUGUAGUGAUCAGGGUUGCAUCGGGAGAUGUGAGGAGGAUCACGGCCGCCGUCACGGCGUACAAUACACCCGGACGUUCUCGAUUAUCCGUCGUGGAAGAUACUGUCACAGUACCUGCCGAGGAUAUCUCAGCAGUACCAGAUGUCAAUGCAGUUCAUGAGUGA